UUGAAAAAACGUAUUGUACAACAUUUCUGUUUGUAAUUUGUUGAUUUUUUAAUAGUGACUAAUUUCAACUAAUUCAAUUGUCGUUGAUUCUCUUCCAUUUAUUAUAAAAAUUGUUACAGUUUUAAAACUGUCAUUCAAAGCUAAUCUUUCUUCGUAAUUACUGGACAAAGUCAAGACGCUGGUCAACGGAAUGUUACAAAGGAAACCUAAGAGUAUAUUUUGGUCCAACCCAAGAAAAAAUAUGCGUUUUUUGAUGAAGUAUACCGCUUUUUCAACGCUAUCCACAUUUUGCUCUUUCAUGGCUAUUCAUAAAAGUCAAAAUAUUCGUUACUAUUUUCACAAUAACUUCAGUUUCAUGCUGGAAGUUUACUACCAAUUUAUCAAAACAGUAGCUGACAAAGAUGAUAAUAUUAGAAAAGCAGAUUACGCUACUUGGGGAAUUCAAUCGCACCGAAGAUGAAAUUUUACAUUAAAUGUGAUACAAAUGAGAUGAUUUAAACUAGCCUUAAUUUAUUCGUGAAUUAAUCUUGAAAUUAGUUAAUAUUUUGAAGUUUGUUUUUUAAUAAAAUGUUCGUUAAAUAGCUCGAUAAUUCUGUCAAGCUUUUAACAAUUUUUCAAGGCGAAAAACUACUCGUUACAUAAAUUCACGGAUCCAAUUUUAAAAGAUAUUUGAUCCAUUAGUUCUUAGUUUACCUGCACAAAUCUCUAGAAAUCUCUUGUUUUGUUAUAAAAUUAUAUCAUCAAAUUGAAUUAACUGUUUAGUAAUUUUUUAUUGUUUACAUUCUAAAAAUUAUUUGAAAUAAUGGCCAAACGAGGUGUUUUGAUGGUUUGCCUUGGUAAUAUCUGUAGAUCCCCAAUUGCUGAAGCAGUCUUUCAACAUGUUAUCAAGGAACGUGGAUUAGAGGAUAAAUGGUUUGUGGACUCAGCAGCUACGUCAAGUGAACACAUUGGUUCAGAUCCUGACCCACGAGCAUCAGCUUGUAUUAAACGUCAUGGCAUUGUUUACAAACAUAAAACUAGACGACUAACUGCUGAUGAUUAUCGGAAGUUUGAUUUCAUCUUUGGUAUGGAUAAGUCAAAUCUUAGUAAUAUAAAACGAAUAGCCCCAGCUGAUGGUAAAGCUGAAAUUGGAUUACUCGGAGAUUAUCAUCCAAAAGGAAAGACAAUUAUCCAUGAUCCCUGGUAUGAUUCGGAUGACAAGGGUUUCGAAGAGUGCUAUGAGAAAGCACUGGCAAGUGUUAAUGCCUUCCUUGAUCAACAUCAAUGAAGUCCAUUGAAAUAUCGUGCUUCGUCUCGGAUUCAUUGCUCAAUUUCCUAUUUUUUUGUUUCUCAAUCUGGAAUAAAAUUGAAGAUCCAUUAAUUUACCAGUUAAA